CGGGAUAUAAAUUUAUGAAGUUACAUAAGAAAAACAAGGCAGCUGCUUUCCUUAGGUUGCAGCAUUUUCUUCCUCUACCAUAGAUAAAUUAUGUAGACACCUAUAAAUGAUUUUAUGUCGAUCUGCUGCUAAAUUAAGGAAGAACCAUACAAUAAAAGAUGGCGGGAGAUGGCGGAGAUAGAUCAUUGGAGGAAACGCCGACGUGGGCGGUCGGCCUCGUCACUUUUGUUAUGGUUGGGGUUUCUGUUCUCAUUGAGUACAUGAUCCAUCUUAUAGGGAAGUGGUUGAAGUCCAAACAUAAAAGAGCGUUAAAUGAAGCUCUUGAAAAGAUCAAAUCAGAGCUGAUGCUGCUGGGAUUCAUAUCAUUGAUGCUGACAGUUUUGCAAAGCCCGAUUUCGAAAAUAUGCAUCUCCGCGAAACUCGGGAACACGUGGCUUCCUUGCACCAAUAAGCAAGAACACAAGUUAGCUGAGUCCGAACACGAAUCGUUAUGGGACGAGAUAAACGGCCGCCGGAGACUUCUCCUCCACGGUGGAACGCGGCGGGUUCUGGCGGCCGCUGCUGACAAAUGUGCUUCCAAGGGAAAAGUGCCGCUAGUGUCUCUAGAUGGUGUUCACCAGUUACAUAUGUUUAUAUUCGUAUUAGCAAUUUUCCAUGUACUUUAUUGUGUUACAACUCUGGUUUUGGGGAGAGCCAAGAUGAGAAGGUGGAAAGCAUGGGAGAAGGAAACAAAAACAGCAGAAUACAAAUUCAAUAAUGAUCCCGAAAGAUUCCGGUUUGCAAGAGAGACAACUUUUGGGAGAAGGCAUUUGAGCUUUUGGACAACAACACCCAGUCUUCUUUGGUUUGUCUGUUUCUUUCGCCAAUUCAUACGCUCUGUUCCAAAAGUUGAUUAUCUAACCCUCAGACAUGGAUUUAUCAUGGCUCAUUUGACACCUCAAAGCGAGGCAAAGUUUGAUUUUCAGAAAUAUAUCAAUAGAUCUCUAGAAAAAGAUUUCAAGGUGGUGGUUGGAAUAAGUCCUCCGAUGUGGAUGUUCGCAGUUUUCUUCCUUUUAUUCAAUACUCACGGAUGGUAUUCCUAUUUAUGGCUUCCAUUUCUUCCUCUGAUUAUUAUACUAUUGGUUGGCACCAAGUUACAAGUGAUCAUCACAAAGAUGGGGCUAAGGAUUCAGGAUAGGAAUGAAAUUGUGAAGGGAGUUCCUAUUGUUGAGCCGAAUGAUGAUCUUUUCUGGUUCAACCAUCCUCGACUCCUACUCUUUCUCAUUAACUUCGUUCUUUUUCAAAAUGCAUUUGAGCUCGCCUUCUUCGCUUGGACUUGGUAUAUGUUUGGACUGAGAUCGUGUUUCCAUGACCACGUGGAGGAUAUCAUUAUCAGAUUCACAAUGGGUGUUCUCAUACAAGUUCUAUGCAGCUACGUUACCCUGCCUCUAUAUGCCCUUGUGACACAGAUGGGUUCCAAUAUGAAACCAACUAUUUUCGAUGAGAAAGUAGCUACGGCAUUGAAAGGAUGGCACCACACAGCAAAGAAACGAAUAAAAGAUCAAAGUAAGAAUGGCAGUGCAAACAUUACUCCCACAUCAAGCCGCCCAGGAACUCCAUCUCGCCAUGGCAUGAGUCCGGUGCACCCCCGAAAUCGGAGCUACUACCAAAGUGAAAUUGACAUGAUGAGCAGCGCUCAAUCAACUGUGCGUGAUAAAUCUGAUUUUGAGGACUUAAAAGACAAUUCGAGUGGGGAAAAUAACAAUGCUGAUAGGAUCGGUAGCUCAAAGCCUCCCUCUCAGUUGUUCUCGAACCAUAACGGUGGACGACAAUCACGGCAUGAACCGUCGCCCUCUUCUUCUUUUAACAACACGACGCACCAAUAUGAUGAUAAUAAUGUAGAAUUAAAGAUUGAUGAUGAUAUCACCACCUCAUUGGAGAUUACUCAUGUGCCACUGCCACACCAUGAGGUUAAUGUUAAGGAACAAAUAGAUUUUUCGUUUGAUAAAAGAUUAGAUUGAACUUGUGAAACUUGUCAACAAUGUAUUAUAAAGAAUAAAAUUCUAUUUUUGAU